AAUAAAAUUAUGUUAACUCACAUAAAUUUAAUAAUUAUUUUUGUUGUGCAUGGCUAAAAUGGUCUUGCAACGUAGUAUGUUGUUUUGGUCUGGAUCCACCACAUUCCAUUCCUGGAUGAAAAAUUGCAUUUUGAUGGAUAGCAUAACAAAAAAUUGGAACCAAAACAUUUGAGAUUUUGUUUGAGAAUCACAUUCCAUCGCAUCACAAUACAAAAGAUUACUGGAGCUGAAUAGUAGAACAAUAGGGUUUCUUCGAUUCUAUUUCAGACACUUCUAGGUAAAACUUGUUGAAUGGAGAUUACUUUAAGCGAUAAGGAUGCAAAUGAUUGGGUUUACAGAGGCGAAGGAGCUGCUAAUCUCGUUCUCGCUUACAUUGGAUCAUCCCCUGCAUUUAUGGGAAAAGUGAUGCGAAUCCGUAAAGCUCCAAGGAAUGAUUCACUGGUAGAAACUACGCCCAGCCCUUCUUCUUUGACUGCUCACGAACGGUUACUCUGGAAAGAUGUCGAUGAACUCAUUUCAUCUUCUGACCAUGAACUUGCUAGCCAAUUAUUUGUUCUUCAUGUUAUGAAGCCAUUGCUUGGUUCCAAAUUUGUUGAUGCUGGGAUGCAUGUCAAAGUCUCGACGGGAUUUCUUGAAUCGGUUGAAAAGAAUGUUAUUUGUCAACGUCCUGCUUGGAGAGUUGAUACUGCCCAGGUUGACAUGCAUUGUGAUUAUGUGCUCAUCAUGUCGGAUCAUUCACUCUUUGCCCGUGAUAAUCUUGCAUCUGGCCCCUGCAUAUCUGUUGAGAUAAAGCCCAAAUGCGGAUUUCGUCCUGUUUCAAGAUUUGUGUCUGAAGAAACUGCUAUAAAAAAGAGGAUAACUCGCUUUGAAAUGCACCAAGCCCUGAAGUUGCAUCAAGGAGAGAUAUCACUGCUAAGUGAAUACAAUCCACUUGAUCUGUUCUCUGGAUCCAUAGAAAGAAUUCAUAAAGCUAUCAAAGAUCUCUUUACUACACCUCAAAACAAUUUCCGUGUAUUUAUGAAUGGGUCUCUCAUAUUUGGCGGACUGGGAGGUGGCGCAGAAGAUACAAAUUUUUGUAUUGCAAAAGCAUUUGAAGGUGCACUUAAGUCUAUCAUUGAAGCUGGUGAUGGUUUAUGUACAGAGAACUUCCUCACUCUUGUUGCUGAGGCUGCGCAUAAAUCAGGAGUCCUUGAUCGGCUCUUGGAGGUUCAAAAGCUUGAUGAUGUUGACAUAGAAGGAGCCAUCCAUGCUUAUUAUGAUAUUACUCGUCAACAGUGCAUGGUGUGUACGGAGUUGAAUGAAGAUCAAACAAAAAUAUAUGCCCCAUUGCAUUCAGCUUCAUUGGAUGAAAGCUUAAGAAUCGUAAAGGACUACCUGAUAGCAGCAACUGUGAAAGACUGUAGUCUGAUGAUAUGUUUUAGACCAAGCAAAAAGGGGGAUUCAGGAUCCUUAUCCAAUAGUGUAUAUCUUGAGUCAACCAAACAAACAUUUGAUUUCAAGGCGUAUUUUAUUGACCUGGAUAUGAAGCGGAUGAGUAAAAUGGAAGAAUAUUAUGAAUUAGAUAAGAAGAUAGUGAGCUGCUACAGAGAAAUGAUCAAAAUGCAUCAAGGAAGAAAUGAAGUCAGAAACCUACAAAAAUUUUAAUUGUACAUUGAGGUUUAAUAAACUCUGGUUAUAGAUGGCAUUGGAGGAAGGUGUGUCUGUAAGUAUUAGAAAUUUGAUCAAUGAUAGUUUUUCCAUUCCUUCUACUGCUGCCUCCCUAAACACAUGACAGUAUUCUAUAUGUUGCAUUGGUUUGUAGAGGUUUAUGUAUGUUAUUACUUGAUAAUCCUCGCACCAUUAUCAUUUCUUAAAAUAUAGCUGUGUGGUGUACUGCAACCUGGCUUUGUUUGAGUCAUUAUGAAAUAUUUGAGCACCAUAAUUAUAUUAUAGGUACAAAUAGUCAAUAAAUAGCACUGAAUUUAUAAAUGCAACUUCACCAUGAUUGGAUUCCGAUGAUCAUGUGCAGGUUGUAGUUCUGAUCCAUUUAAAUUUCAAGUGCUUUUACAUGUUAAUUUUUUUUCUUCAUGUUUUUAAAUUCUUUCAAUUUUUGCGUUUAAGAAAAGAAGCUACAUUGUUAAUGAUAUCAGUUACUUGCUGUGUUGAGUCAGUUCAACUAAAUUAACUGAGAAUAAGAUUCAGAAGAUCUGAUUUAUCUUCCCAAACUGUGUAGUCAUAAUUGCCUGCUAACUUCCCAGUGUAAUGCAGUAAGAAGUACUGAGAAUUUGGCAGAGCAAAGCCUAUUUUAGAUCGUGACUUCAGCUCAGAUCUGGGUUUUCCUUUGGUCAGCCUAGUUUGGCCGUGGCGUGACUGAUGAUCUGGUCUAUGCCGUACAAUGAGCUCUCAAUCUGUUACAAGGUUUUUCCUUUAUCUCUCUCUUCCACCAAGCAACACACUAGGAUUUUCUUACUGUUACAAAUUCAAGUAGUUCAAAGGGAAAUGUGUGGGUUGGAUUUGCAGCAGUUCAUGUUUGCACCAUUAUGCUGGCACAUUCCAAUCAAAGAUGAUGUCACGUCAGAGUUACAGUUUCAUACCUUGUUUUGACUAGGAUAAUUAAUUACUUAUUUCAUGCCUUCAUUUUCAAUCUUUACAGAUUAAAAAUUUACAGAGCAGUCCUCUAUAGAACAUCAAAAUAUCAUAACGUGGGCAGUCAUUUAUUCUUUAUUGGAGGUUAACUAAUACUAAUAUUCAAAUUACAGCAGUCAGCACUGCAAACCUUGCUGAUAACAGGAAUUUUCACUUAAUAUAGAAAGAUGCUAGAGCUCACAAAUAGUUAUACUCCUUCCCAGAAUUAGUUGGCCUGCUCUUAAGUAUCUCAGCCACCAAAUUACACUCUAAAUUAAUGUAUUUUGCUUUUAUUUGUGUAAAUGGUAUGUGUUUUGGUAAUUUUCCUGGUGAAUAGCGUUCAGAUAUAGAGUUGAUCUGAUUAUCAUAUGUAGAGGCUGUAAUGGUGAAUAGAUGUUGGACAUCAUGUGUCAUCGUGACUUACUUUGUCUAAUUGCCAACUAGCAUUGUUUUCAGCCAAACAUCUAAUUGGAACAUGGUGAACAGGGUAGUAUAGAUGAGAUCUUAAAGACAAUAAUUUAUCAUAGGAAUUCUUGACUCUUGUUUCUGCUGGUGCUUGUUUUUUCUAUCAUUAUAAAUUUUCAUUCCACAUCGUCUAGUUUUUUAUAUUCUGGACUCGUGCACUACUUGUUUACUUCCACUUUAUAGCAGUCUUUUAUUAUGUGACAAAUAUUAUGAUUUCACUUCUAAAUUCUUUCUAUCCUUACACUGACAUGCUUCUGUACUUUUUGGUUGGAAAGUAUUUACAUAACUGAUGCACUUUUGUAUUGCAGAGACUCCGACAUCAGCUAAACUGAGCUGUUCAAGAUGCAGGCAAAUGAUGAAGAAAUUAAUAGCAAUUUGUAAAACGUAUUUGCUUAAGGUGACAGUGAUUGGUGAAACUGAUGUAGUGAGGGUCAUAAAGGUGUGAAUAUUUCAAACAAUCGGCAAGAAUUGAGCUGACUAGAGGGAUUCCUAAGGAAAAGUUGAGAGGUGAGAAAAAAGAUGCUAUUCUUCAUAAUCUAUGUUAGAGAUAUGAUCUUAUGAUAUGCUAUUACUGAAUAUGUCU